GGGCGGCCUCUCGCUGGCGGGAGGGGGGGUGUGAGUGACUGAGUGGGGGGGCAGUGACUGAGGGGGAAACGCCUUUUAUUUGACUUUAAAUCGGAUUAAACCCCAUUAUUGUUGUUGUUGUUGUGAGGGCGGGAGGGAGGGAGGGGCAGAGCAGAGGAGGGAAGGCGCUGGCGGUUUGCGGGCCCCGCUGUCAGGUUUUAUAAAUUGUCGCUGAAUCAUUUAUUACGAUGUCUCAGAAUGAUAAAGAAUCCGUACUUGUAGCUCGGAACCUCACUUCCAAGGCUUUCAAUCACAAUGGAGUGUUGCAGACUGUGAUUAAACAAGAGAUCGUCGAGACUUCCAAAACUCAAUCAUCCCAGAAGCAAUCUGACAAAAGUACAGCUGGGGGUGGAAAUCCUGGCGAGGAAGAGCAGAGAGUGGUGAAAAAGCGAGGCUGGCCGAAAGGAAAGAAGAGGAAGAAAGUCCUGCUCAAUGGUCCCAAAGCCCCUGUCACUGGUUAUGUCCGCUUCCUCAACGAGCGUCGUGAGCAGAUUCGGAUGCAGCAUCCAGACCUGCCCUUCCCAGAAAUCACCCGAAUGCUUGGGAAUGAAUGGAGCAAACUCCCUCCCUUAGAAAAACAGCGCUAUCUGGAUGAAGCAGAAAAAGACAAACAACAGUACAUAAAGGAACUGAAGGAGUUUCAGCAAACUGAGGCGUACAAGCUGAGUACACAAAAAAUCCAGGAGAAGAAGCUGAAGAAAGAAGAACUAUGGUCAGGAGUUAAUGGACCAGUCCCAAAGAUCUCUGAUGAUGCACCAGACAGGAUGUCCAUGUUUGACACCCCAAUUUUUACCGAAGAGUUCCUGGACCAAACCAAAGCUCGUGAAUCAGAACUGCGGAAAUUAAGAAAGUCAAAUGUGGAGUUUGAAGAGCAGAACAGCAUCUUACAAAAGCACAUCGAGAGCAUGAGCAGCGCCAAGGAGAAGCUGGAGCAGGAGCUGGCCCAAGAGGAGAGACAGACACUGACUCUGCAGCACCAGCUACAGGCAGUACGUCAGGCCCUCACUGCCAGCUUUGCUUCCAUUCCCAUUCCAGGAACUGGAGAAAUGCCAACGGAAGGAACACUUGAUAUGUACAUGGCCAAACUUCACAAUGUGAUUGGAAGCAACCCCAUAGAAUAUGAGAAACUAGUUGGAAGGGUGCAGGAGAUCAUUAGCCAGUUAGAAAGUGACAAACUAUGAACAUGAGAAGAAGUAUCCAUUGAAUGCCUAAGUGGUACUGUCCAUUAUAAUGGAUUGUAUGGGCUGCAACAUGUGGAACCUGAAUAGAAAGUUGCUCAACAUUUUUCUAAUAGAUGACUGUUAGGAAAUGUUGCCAUUACUUAAUAUCUUUCACUUUACACGUGACUUUCGCACCCAUUUAGUGUACUGGUUUCGACAUUAAUACUGUCAUCUACAGGAAUGCAGAUGAUGAAUUUGCAUGCUCAGUGUUUACUUUAGUGUAUGGUUAAACUGAGGUUCCCAGCAAGAUAGAAAACGUCGACUAGCUUAGCUAGGAGAUUUAGUUCAUAUGAAUUGUUUCUUUUUAUUUCUCUUAUACCUUAAACAAAAAUAAUUGCUGGUAUUCUAUACAGGCAAAGGCAUAAACAGUUACAUUUUUAUGUAUAGUAGUGCAGAAGUUAUUUUCUCCAUUUAUUGGUGCAUCUUUUUUAAACACUAUUUUCUACAAGAUUCAUAACCUAUGUUUUCCAGUGAGAAACUUUGCUAGGCAAAGGCAUUUUGUAUCAAGCUGUCAAUCUGGGUAUUUUACUACAAAACAGAUGGUGGAGUCGUGAACUCAGCAAAACGUGGGAAUAAAAGAUUGAGCUGAAAAACGCUUCUGAGAUUCCAACCCUUUUGAGUACUAUUAUUAUGAAAACCUCUUAGGAUUUACACCAGAUUUUUUUCUUACUAAGAUUACAUUCCGUACAAACCUAAUGAGAAAAAUGUCUUGGCAAUUGGAAAAGUGCUAGUAUUUUGAAUACUCCGGGAGACGAUCACAUUUGUAUUGCAUAAUUUUUUUCGUGUGGUGCAGUUCUAUAAGGGUUAAGAGGAAAAAAGUUAUCUCUUCUUGUAGGUUUAUUGUCAGUUGUUUAAUUUGUUCUGCUCCACACGGAACAGAAUUGAUCUACUUAAACUAAUCUGGGUGUGAUGUAAUUUUAACAUUGAGUUUGUUUUAAUAAGGUUGGAGACUUGACCAUCAGUUCUGCAGGAUGUGAAUUAAUUGCUUUAUCAUUUCUAGUGAAUUUUCACAGCUAGCUAUAGCCGGUAAUGGCAGAGUUUUCUGCUUGUAAAACCUUUGUCCAGAUGUCACUAUCAAGAAAUGUUCUAUGAAAUCACUGUAAUAAAAAUAUUAUCGAGUUA